AAUACUAAAUUCUUGUAUUUAAAUUCAAAAAAUAAAGUUCGUGGGAAAACUAGAAAAUGCUGAAAGUUCGUGUAUUUACACGCAAAUAUUCCGUAUUUUAAAUCUAUUUUUAACAUCAUUGUUAUGCCAUCUAACUCGUUGCAAUUCCCGAAGUGCAGCUCCACCGAAAUCUCCGCCGCUAACAGAAGCGGCGCCGCCGCCCUUCUCAACCUGCGCCUAUGCAUCCUCUUUCCGUCUGAAACAAUUUCCACUUCGCAAUGGCUUCGCAAGUUGUAGAAUUGGAUAGAAUUGCUUUAAUUCCGCUCUCCGUCAGCUCCCUCUGCUCCGGCCGUUCUCACUCCCACUUUCGUCACCGGCCAACCCUUCCGAGAUUUGCCGCACAAUCGAAUUAUCAGAAAAUUAGGUUCAAGUUAGAUGUAAAUGGCAGUGGCGUGCAAGGGCUUUCUAGAACUCCUAGGGGGGUUUUAUCCAAUCGACGCCGGCGGGUGAUACUGGGAGUGGCUAGCGCAGAGCAGCCGGAGCGAAUUGAUGGCGGUGAAUUAUCUGAUGAGGAAGUUCAAAGAGGCAAUCAAUCAUCUGGGGAGAGCGAUUUAGAUGAGGAACACAGAAAAAAAACAAGUCAGUUAAGGAAAAGGAUUAUAUUUGGACUAGGCAUUGGAGUUUUAGUUGGUGGAGUGGUAUUGGCUGGAGAGUGGGUUUUCACGGUAGCCCUUUCUGCAGCAGUAUUUGCUGGUUCCAGGGAGUACUUUGAGCUGGUAAGAAGUCGCGGCAUUGCUUCCGGAAUGACUCCUCCUCCUCGAUAUGUUUCACGAGCUUGUUCUGUUAUCUGUUGUGUUAUGCCUCUGCUCACACUUUACUUUGGGCAUAUUGAUGUAUCUGUGACAUCUGCGGCCUUCUUUGUUGCUACGGCGCUCCUUCUGCAAAGGGGAAAUCCUCGUUUUUCUCAACUUAGUACUACCAUGUUUGGACUUUUCUAUUGUGGCUACCUUCCUUGCUUCUGGGUAAAGCUGCGGUGUGGUUUAGCAGCUCCUGCACUGAAUACACGAUUUGCAGCAUCUUGGCCUCUUCUUCUUGGUGGAAACACUAUGUGGACAGUGGGUCUUGUGGCCACCUUGAUCUCAGUUAGUAGUAUUAUUGCAGCAGAUACAUUUGCCUUUAUUGGUGGCAAGGCCUUUGGCCGGACACCACUUAUUGCAGUCAGUCCGAAAAAGACAUGGGAGGGAGCUCUUGUUGGAUUAGGUGGUUGUAUAGCGGCUUCUGUUUUAUUGGCCAAGGUCUUCUCCUGGCCUACUUCUACGCUGAGUGCCGUAGCUUUUGGGUUUCUGAACUUCUUUGGAUCUCUUUUUGGUGAUCUUACCGAGUCCAUGAUCAAGCGAGAUGCAGGUGUCAAGGAUUCAGGAUCUCUCAUACCGGGACAUGGAGGGAUACUAGAUAGAGUCGACAGCUACAUUUUCACCGGAGCACUUGCUCACUCCUUCGUGAAAACCUUCCUCCCACUCUACGGAAUUUGAUCGAGUGCACGACGUGCUAAUCGUAACUUCGGGAUGUUUGGUAGCUCUUGACUGGAGCUAUCAAAAGCAGGAAAAGGAGAAUGUGUUUCAAAUCCACCAGGUGCUUCCAUUAUGCAAGUCUAACUUCCUUCCAAAUAAAUAUUUCAUUUUUACAUAAAAAAUGCUCAAAUCUAAGCACCAUAAUCUCUCAGUAGUUAGAUAGUGUAAGUUUGGAAUAAACAAGUCAUUGUAUACUGAAAAUCUUCAGCUGCAUUUAAUUGAUUAAUGCCUGAGGUUGAGUUUGGCAGAAAA